UUCUGCUUUUUAUUCUGGAUCUUUGAAAUAGCGAUCCCAAAUGCAUUGUUCUUGUCUAUAUAUAUACAAGUAAAAUUGUUAAAAUUUUACCUCACAGGUCUGUCUCAUAUUGGAGUAUAUUAAGAAAAAGGUGCGAAAAAAUGGAGCCAGAUUUGUUCAAAUAUGUACCAUCUGAAAUCAUGAGCAAUAUCUUCUCAAGGCUCCAUUCCGAAGCAGUUGCAAUAAGCAAGUGCGUUUGCAAAGCAUGGCUCCAUCUCCUCGAGACUGAUUAUUUCGUCAACUCCUAUCUCUGUAAACCCUCCCUAGCCGUCUUGGCACGCGACUCAACCCGGUUAACAGUUUUCAAUCUCAAAGACGAAGACGAAGACGAAGACGGAGUCGAUCACGAUCACGAUCGUCACUACAUUCCAGUCGCAGAUUUCGAUAUCCCUCAGCGAGGAGCAAAAGUGAAAGGUACCUCUGCUAACGGCCUGCUCCUUGUAUUCUCCAAGCCCAAAUCUCUCUGCAUAUGCAAUCCGCUCACUCGCGACUACGUCGAGCUUUGCUGCCCUCAACAAUCCAUCCGUGCGUCGGAGUUGCUUUGUGGGUUUGGAGUGAGCAAAAUAAGUGGGCGGCAUAAGGUGGUGUGUAUGACUCGUUCUGAAUCCCAUUGCCACGUGUACACCCUCGGAGCAACACAGACAUGGAGGACCGUCGCCAAGCCUUCUGGCGUGUUUUGCGACUACGCAUACGGCGUGAGCUUUGGCCAACUUGUGAAGGGCAAUCUCCAUUGGAAGUUAUGGGGUGAGGCUAUUUGUUGUUUCGAUGUUGAAACAGAGUGUUUCAGCCGCUUCUCCACUCCUCCUCGAGGUGGAAAUGCGGACUUGUCCGUUUUGCAGGGCUGCCUGUGUGCUUGUCGCCUCGCAUGGGAUAAAGAUGAAGGUAACGAGGUGAUUGAGAUAUGGUUGAUGAAGGAAUAUGGAGACGACGAAUCUUGGAGCAAGGAGUAUGUGAUGAUCUACCAUCCUGAUUUUCCACCGGGGCCGGCUAUUUACCCCAUCAAGGUUUUCAAAGAUGGCGACAUCUUGAUGUUGUUGGAGGAGGAGUUUCUCCUCUAUUACUCCAACAACACCAAAAAUACUCAACAAGUCCAUGCAUUAGAAGCUGCUACAGGAGAUACCUAUAUUUCUGCCAUCAUUUUCACCCCAACUCUUUCCUCACUCAAAACUUUGGGUAUGGAGAAUGUAAUCUCGCUCAACUCGAUUUCAUAAGUUUGCUAUCAAAAUCAGUUAUUGCAAUAAAAUUAUUGUAUUAUUUGAGUAGUCAAUGAAGUAGGACGCUCGGACCCGAAUCAAUUAUCCUCUGCAGCAAGGAGAUGAUUGUGGAAAAUGAAAAUUGCAUGGCUUCAACUCUCUUACCUUUCUAGAAAUGAAAAAUGCAUGCAGUUUGACUCAAAACACAAAUAGAAAAGAAAAACAAUCUUGUCCAACUGUAUUAUUAAGUUGUACAGGCAUGAAAAGAUUAUUAAGUCAAAAGGAUGAGGGGUGUAAACAAUUUAAUGGUCCAAGCUUUUAAUGAAGGUAUAUACAGUUUUUGGUGUUG